AAAUCCAAACAGGCUCCCUGCCCAAACCGCUCAAGCCGACGGGCUGGUCAUUGAUCCAACGGCUUCAAGCUUCGAAGGUACCGGAUCGCACGGCAUAGCCCCCCUACGACGGAGCACGGCCGCGCACAGGCAGCGAACCACCAAAGCACCGUCCAGAUUCCAGAACCAGGAAACCCACGCCCACGCCCGCGCCCGCCGCCCCCAACCUCGCCGCCUCCUCUCGGCUCGCCAUCCUCGUCAGAGCCGCACUGCCCCAUGGCCUGCGCCGGCUCCGCGCGGAAGGUGUCGGCCGUGCUGUACCACUACCCGUGCCCGGACGGCGCAUUCGCUGCGCUCGCCGCCCACCUCUACUUCUCCGCCGCCGCCCUCCCCGUCCGCUUCUUCCCCAACACGGUCUACGAUCCCAUCAGGAGCGAUGGUCUUCCGUUUGAUGAAAUCAAAGAUGUUUACCUUCUUGACUUUGUGGGUCCUCCCGGUUUCGUUGCUGAUAUAGCCCCAAAGGUUGAAAGUGUAACAAUCCUAGACCAUCACAAGACUGCUAUGGAAAGUUUAUGUGGAAGUGCUGCCCUUGGACAAAAUGUCAAUAAGGUGAUUGACAUGCAACGCAGUGGAGCAACUAUUGCAUUCGACUUCUUUAGGAACAAGUUAUUGACGGAAGCUAGUAACUUACGGAAUCAUGGAAGUGGCAAUGCUGCAACUGAAGUGAAAUAUCUACCUGACAAUAAUCAUGAAAUGGUACAAAAGCUUUUCAAGUUUAUUGAGGAUGGAGAUCUUUGGAGGUGGACUAUUCCGAAUAGCAAGGCCUUUAGCAGUGGUCUCAAAGAUUUGGAUAUUGAAUUCAAUGUCAAUGCAAAUGGGAAGUUGUUUGAUCAGUUGCUGGAGCUGGAUCCUGAGCAAGUCAUUGCUCGGGGACAAGUGACAUUAUCGCAGAAGCAAAAAUUAAUUGAUGACUGUUUGGAGAAGUCCUAUGAAAUUGAACUAGGCUGUGGCAAGUUUGGGAAUUGUCUGGCUGUCAAUGCUGAUGCUAUUUCAAAGUUGAGAAGCGAACUCGGAAACCAGCUAGCUAACAAGAGUCGAAAUUUGAAUCUGAGAGGUAUUGGUGCUGUAGUUUAUAACGUCCCUGAGUUGAAUAAUGACCAGAUGCUAAAAAUAAGCCUAAGAAGUUUGGAACAAGAAGACACGACAUCUAUCUCUCAGGAAUACGGUGGCGGAGGACAUCGGAAUGCAAGCUCGUUUCUGUUGAGCGUUACAGAGUUUGAGAGGUGGAAGGUUGGAGCUGAACCUUCCAACACUAAAACUGCCUAGCGGUUUUCUCUAUUACUCUGUCAAUCGAGGAAGUCUUAAGGUUGAGAAGGAAGAAAAUACAGAAGGAUACAACAGAUGCGAGCAAGUUUUCUGUUUGGCAGCACAUUGUCAUGGAAAGGAGACCGCGGCAGAAAUGUCAGGAGACUUAUUCAGCAUUGUGCUGUCAUGAGAAUCAUGAUAUGCCUUGUUGUUUGAUACUGCUCAUGAAUAUGCUGGGAAGCAGCGCUUACUUUACAAAGUUUACUGAAACUUCUGCAUUUCUCACCGCAUAACUGUAUUUUUUUUUC